AUGUCACGUGACUACCAUCCAAAUUAUCACCACAAACGAACUUCGCCGUUAAGAAUGCCGCUAAUUUAUGCAUAUCAAAUGCAUCAGAUCAAACUGGACAAUUCAACAGUCAUCAACAAACGGACCCACAUACAUACCCCAUUGUGCGAUCCACCAUCCACAGCAUUAAAAACUGUGCGAAUUGUUGAUGUGUAUUUGAAAUCCGAAAAAAACCAGCUUUUCAUGGCAGAAUCUCAGUCAGUUACAUCGCCUCCAAAUUCAAGUUCAACUGCAAACGGCAGCAGAGUGGCAAGCACUAUAACCGACCCCAAGACCAGUGACCGAGUCAGCGAUCCCAUCAAUGUCCAGGAAAUGUUUUCGAAGCCCGAAAUCAAGAAAGUGCUUGACUCAGACGUUGCCAUAAAUGCACUUUUAGCACGUUUGAAACAGUCUCUCUUAACCUGUGAAGAACUCACCAAAUUUGUGCGGAAGAAGUAUCUUAUGGAAGAGGAUCACACCCAGGAGCUCAGCAAGACCUACAAGAAUUUUUUCACUGGGGCCACGUUUUCAACGUCGCUCCAAAAGAGUAUCCACGCCGUAUUGGAUUUUGACGGUAAACUGGCCCAGGUCAAACAGAGUUAUGUGAAAGCGUUGCAAAAAAUGUACGACGAACUGAGCGCGUUGUUACUCACUAUGACUAAAAUGCGUAAAAAUCUCAAAGAAACGAGUCGACGUCUUGAAAAAGACGUUGCCGAGGCGAUUCACAGUGCGGAAAAGGCUAAGGCUAGGUACAAUUCGUUGUGCCAAGACUGGGAAAAACUCAAAAUGGCGGAUCCUACCAAGACAAAACUUACGCUUAGAGGCUCCAAAACCACGCGAGAACAAGAAGAAGAUUUGCAACGCAAGAUCGACGCUGCAGAUCUCGAUUACAAGCAAAAAGUCGAUUCCUCGACUUCUCUGAGAAAUACUUUUUUGACCAAAGAAAGACCCAAGAUCGUGGCAGAAUUGCGGGACUUGACACUGGAAAUCGAUACUGCAAUGGCAAUUCAACUCCAAAAAUACACUAUCUGGACUGAAACUUUACUUCUCAACAGCGGUGUCACUAUUACUCCAUUUGAUUCUAGCAAAUCCAUGAAGAGUAGUGCCGUCUCCAUGACUAACGAACUCGAUCUUUACAAUUAUCUUAACAAAUACAACCAAGGUUCCAAAAGCUCGGGCCUUAUCAACAAAAAUCUGAUACCCGUUGACUACAAAAAGCAUCCUUCAAUGCUUAAGUCAGGUGGCCAUAGGAGCACCCUUACCAAGUCAAAUUCACCUCCAAACCAACCCAGUUUUGUUGUCAAUCCUGCUAAUAAUGUGUUACCCCGUCGCAUUGUUUCUACCGACAAAGAAUCACCCUUUGAUUCUGUUCCAUCAAGAAGAAAUAACCUUCAGGCGACUGCUACCGGAUUUGGCAGUAGCAGUAGUAGCCUGAACUCUCCAUCACAACCAAGGGUCCAACAGCCCCCUUCGUCAUUAUCCAAACAGAAACCUGUCUCCUCUAUGCUGAAUGUUGGGGAAGUAGCUGCACCACAAAAGGCUUCAGGCGAUCCGUUCCCUACUUUAGAUCCCGGAAACAAUAUCAGGGCAGCCAGUUUGACAGCUUCCAUGAUAACAUCUUCUACCGAUCGCCCUUUCUCCCAAAUUCAAACCUCAGACUCUAUGCCCCCUGGCAUUUCGAAAGACUUCAAGACUUUUGGUACCCCGCUUGAAACUUUACUCAAUUAUGAGCAGGACUUGGUACCUGCAAUCGUGCGGCAGUGCAUAUACGUUGUUGACAAAUAUGGUCUCGACAUGGAAGGCAUUUACCGCAAGUCUGCAAAUGUUUUGGAUGUCAGUAAUCUAAAGGAGGAAAUUGACAAAGAUCCUUCUAAUGUGUCAAAGAUCUUACCGCCCAAGAAUCAUGCCGACUCCGACAUUUAUUUGGCCGGGUCUCUUCUCAAAACGUUUUUCUCAAAUCUCCCGGAUACCCUCAUGCCCUCCGCCAUGACUACAGAGGUUAAGACCUGUUUAUCAAUUGCGGAUCCUACGACGAGGAAAAAUUAUAUGCAUGGCUUGAUCUACAAACUUCCAGAUCCUCAAUAUUGGACCCUACGGGCACUGAUUUUCCAUUUGCUAAGAGUGGUAAGUCAUGAAGAGUCGAACAGAAUGAACGUGAGGAGUCUUUGUAUCAUAUGGGGCCCGACAUUAAUAUCUCCGAACGAAAGCGAUAUAAACGAUGUCAACUACCAAAUUCAAGCAAUGGAAGAACUAAUAAAAGUCGCCGAUCAGGCCUUUGAGCCAGAAGAAGCCUAA